AUGUCACCUUCCCAAGAAAGAUCAAUUUCCGUCGAAAACCUUCUGGGGAUCAGAAACCACCCCCGCGGCUCUUGCGGCUGCGUACACCGCACCACCGCCGCGUGCAUAGUCGUCAACAUCAUCUAUAUGCUCGUGCUCUACGUCUGCUUCAAGCAACUACACUCUCCCCUCCGCCAGGUUCCUUUCAAGUGCUCUCAUCUUACUUUACUUCCAAAUCCAAUCUUACAUUCACACCAUUUCGUCACAUCGAAGUUCGAUUCCUAUGCGCAGCGUGUCUUCUUGUUGGAUUCCACUGUGUUCCACUCUCCGGAGGAAGCUUUCCACCUAGACUACGAGCGGAUGGAGGAGGAGUUCAAGGUGUUCGUGUAUCCUGAUGGAGAUCCUGAAACGUAUUUUCACACGCCAAGGAAACUCACCGGCAAAUACGCCAGCGAAGGAUACUUCUUCAAGAACAUCAGAGAGAGCCGAUUCGUCACCGACGAUCCGCGCCGAGCUCACCUCUUCUUCCUCCCUAUUUCUUGCCACAAAAUGCGAGGCAGAGGGUUGACUAACGAGCGAAUGACUGAUGAAGUAAAGAAGUAUGUACAAUACGUAAAAUUUAAGUACCCUUACUGGAACAGAACCUUGGGUGCUGAUCAUUUUUUUGUGACUUGCCACGAUAUUGGAGUCAAGGCUACUAAAGGUGUUCCGCAUCUGAUGAAAAAUUCUAUUAGAGUGGUUUGUUCAUCACGUUAUGACGACGAUGAUUAUAUUCCACACAAGGAUGUUACCCUACCACAAGUGCAGCUACCAUUUUAUAACCCUCCAGGAGGGAAUGACUUCAAGAAUAGGAACACACUUGCUUUCUGGGCUGGUCUUUCUGAUUCAAGAUUGAAAGAUAAUCUAAGAGCUAUGUGGAACAAUGAUACUGAACUAGACAUCCAGAACAACAGAAUUGAUUUUCGAUCGACUGGACGUGUGGUAUUCAUGGACAGACUUUAUAAAUCCAAGUUUUGUUUGUGCCCUCAGGGGCCUAUCGGCAGCAGUCGUAUCUCAGACUCGAUCCACUUUGGGUGUGUACCAGUUAUCAUGUCAAACUAUUAUGACUUGCCUUUUAAUGAUAUUCUGGAUUGGAGGAAAUUCUCUGUUAUACUGAAGGAGAGGGACGUUUAUCGGCUCAAAGAUAUUCUCAAAAGCAUGUCUGACAAAAAUUUCAUGAUAUUGAAUCAGAACUUAGUAAAGAUCCAAAAGCAUUUCACUUGGAAUACACCUCCUGUCAGACUAGAUGCAUUUCAUAUGGUCAUGUAUGAACUCUGGCUACGCCGCCAUCUGAUUAGGUACUGAUUUUUUCAAUGAAUUUACGCAGUGUUAUAGAAAGCAAGGAAUUGUUUCUGUACUUAAAAGUUGAUUCACCACUCCUGACCCCACGUUCGAAAAUCCGCAAAACAAUUGUAACCUGGACUCAAAAUUGGCAAGGAAUUGUUUCUAUACAUAAAUGUUGAUUCCCACUUCUGACCCCACCUUGGAAAAUCUUCAAAACAAUUGUAACCACAAAAGUAAUUUUUUAGCUCGAGAACUUCUCUGUAUAAAAUACGGGAAGUAACAGAGCCCCUUUUAGUAGAAUAAUUGUUUAGGUCUGCACGAAACUUCAAACAGUGGAAGAAAUAAAAGGUAUUUUGAAAUGUGCUUGCGAGAAAGCAAAAGAAGCUGGUGCAUAUACCAAAAGACUGUUUAGGUCUGCAUGAAACACUAGUGUAC